AUGGACGCCCAGACGACGGUUACAAUCUCGGUUGCUCCUAGCAACAACAUUUCUAAAAAACCGUUGCCUUUUGUUUUGAAGAAGAUUAUGAGCAUUUUACCGCCGAAUAUACUGGACGACGGCGAUGAUGAGAAGAAGUUAAGCUCUAUUGGAGAGGGGCAGUCUUGUGAAGAUGAAGGCGGUGGAGGGGGAUCUGGAGUGUCAGCCUCCCUCACCCCUGCAAUUUGGGACAAGACCAUUCCAUACGACGGUGAGAACUUUCACCUAGAGUACAUGGACCUGGAUGAGUUCCUCCUGGAGAACCAGAUCCCUUCUGCUCUCGAGGAGGAGCUGCACAAAGGCCUGGAGCAGGAGACUCAAAGCUCCUCCACAUCCCCAGAUUCCUCGGCUGCCGUCUCACUUUCAAUCGAGAAAACAGAGAGAGCUAACAAAACGGGAAAUGUGAAGAAAGAAGAUGUGGGUUAUGAGAAGGACUCUGCUGAGCUGCAGACGAUAGAGAGUGCUGCAGAGCCCAAAGCUCGCUUGGCUCGAGCAACCCCAUCCCCAAUGAACCCAGAAGACAUUGAGGUGAAUAUUAACUUUCAGCCGGACCAGAAUGACCUGGUCCUGUCCAGCAUUCCAGGAGGAAAAUUGUUCAACCCACGCAAACACCGCUUCUCAGAGGAGGAGCUCAAACCACAGCCCAUAAUCAAGAAGGCCAAGAAGGUGUUUAUUUCCGAGGAUGCCAAGGACGAUAAGUACUGGUCGAGGAGGAAGAAGAACAACCUGGCGGCGAAGCGCUCCCGGGAUGCUCGGCGUCUAAAGGAAAACCAGAUCGCCGUACGCGCCAAUUUCCUGGAACGGGAAAACGCGGCCCUGCGACAGGAAGUGGCCAAACUCAGAAAGAACUGCAGUCGCUGCAAGAAGAUCAUGGCUCUGUACGAAGCCAAGUACGGCCCUCUUAUUCAGUAAGAGAGGUUACAUAACACAUCAACUCACCCUGGAGAGCAGGCUUAUGUAAUAUCUGCUUCAGAGUGAGAGAGAGAGAGAGAGAGAGAGAAAGGGUCCACCGAAAAAAAGGAGGUAAGAGGAGAAAGAAAAGAAAUU